AUGUUAUGUGCAGUCGCAGUGGAUGCAAAUAACCAUCUAUAUCCAGUUGCAUUUGGUAUUGUGGAUAGUGAGAAUCAUGAUUCUUGGAAGUAUUUCAUGUCAAAGCUAAAAGAAGCGAUUGGGGAAGUCGAGGACCUGGCGUUUGUAUCUGACAGGCAUGCAAGUAUUACACAUGCCUUGGAAACUAUUUUCCCCGAUGCCUAUCACGGUGCUUGCUACCACCACAUUAGUAUGAAUGUGGUUGCUAAAUUCAAGACUGAUCAUUGUCAUGUGUUGAUGUAUAAUGCGGCAUAUGCUUUUAGGAAAUUCGAGUUCCACGCUAACUUCGAAAAAAUCAAAUCAAAAGACCCAGCCAUUGCUCAAUUCCUAGAAGGAAUGGGUUUUGAUAAGUGGUCCCGUGCUUACUUUCCUGGAAAUAGGUAUAAUAUAAUGACAAGCAAUUACGCUGAAAGUUUCAACAAUAAGACCCGGGAUGCUAGGAGCUUUCCGAUAACUACAUUCGUCGAAUUUAUUCGCUUCACACUACAGUCCUGGUUCUGUAAUAGGAGAGAAACUAGCGAGAAGACAACUACCACUCUUGCACCGACCUAUGAGAAAAAUUUGGUGGAUAUGGCUGAGAAAGCUCGAUUCUUGAUUCCUUAUGCAAUAGGGAGGCAUGAGUUCCAUGUGUUAGAUGGUGAGCUGAAUGGUGAAGUCGACCUCCUGAAUAAGACAUGCACAUGCGGCGUGUUUCAGAUUAUUGGUAUCCCAUGUGCUCAUGCACUAUCUGGAUCCCUUAAGCGAGGGGUGAACUUUUAUUCGUUGUGUUCAGAUUACUAUAAAAUUGAGACAUGGAGGUCCUCUUACACAGAAUCUAUAUAUCCUACUGGUAACGAGGAAGAGUGGAUUGUUCCACAUGACAUUAUGACAAUAACAGUGAGAACACCUGCGCAGAAAAACCCGGUUGGUCGUCCAAAGAAGAAACAAGGUAGGCCUAAGACGAAACGCCAUCCUUCCAAUGGAGAUAAAUUGGUUGUUCCACGCAAGUGCAGCACUUGUGGAGGUCUAGGCCAUAAUAGGGCAACUUGUAAAGUUCGUGUUUGA